UGUUGCAUUUCGCUUACAGCUACAGCGUGCCAUGUGGUUUGUUUGAAACUUGUCUUGUCGGCCGUCAACAGCGUUAGCAGUGAACGCCGUUGGUUACAUUAGAAUACACAGAGAGUUAUACUUACCGCGCUGUAAGCUGAAGAGCUUUUAUGCGAUUUCUGCCGUAUUAAAAAAUCCAUAAUAAGGCUGGUCCCGAGGGGAAAAACGGCUGGAGAUUCGGAACACUGGAAGAAGCGUCAUAUAGUUUAUUGGAGCGUGCCGACUGCUAACAUCUACACUUGUACGGACGACUUGUACGCCCGCACUCAGACGUCGACAGCUGAACGCAGUCUGUGCUGUCCCAGUGUUUGUUCCUCGUAGAAGGAAUUCCAUUGUGAUACACACCCUCAUAUAUCAUUUCCUGGCACUCCAGUCUUCCUUAUUUGUUGGAUGUUUAGUUGGUUAUACGUUGGGUUUUAACUGCGGCAAUCCCACUUCUGCUCUGAAUUUCUGAGCAGGCCAGAAAGCUGACGCGUAUCGGGAGAUUGUUGAUUGAUUCAUCACAGGAUUAGUGCGCUGCGUUAUAGCUGCGAGCUACACACGAGUAGCACUUCAAGGAUAACGUUUCCUGUUUGGAUUUUGACAGCUGAUAUUCAACACAAACCGUCAUAAUGUCGCUCGCUGGAUUGAAAAAGCAGCUUAAUAAGGCGAAUCAGUAUCUGACAGAAAAGAUGGGAAGUGCUGAACCGACACGACUGGACGAAGAAUUUCGAGAAAUGGAACGGAAAACGGAUAUAACAACCGAACUGAUUGAAAAUCUUAUACUUCGAACGAAAGAAUAUCUUCAGCCAAAUCCGGCUUCGAGGGCGAAAAUGAAUGCCAUUAAUUCGAUGGCCAAAAUGCGCGGUCAAGCUAAACAGCAUGCAUAUCCCCAACCGGAAGGCGUACUAGGGGACACCAUGUAUAAAUAUGGUGGGGAUCUGGGUGCCGAAUCCGUUUUCGGUCAGUCUUUAAUGGAAUCCGGAGAAGCUUAUCGGCAAAUGGCCGAAGUGAAAUAUGCUCUAGAAGACCAAGUUCGGCAGAGCUUCCUCGAGCCACUUCAUCUGCUGCAGACGAAGGACAUUAAAGAUUUAAUGUUUCAUCGGAAAAAGUUGGAAAGCAGGCGAUUGGACUUUGAUUGUAAAAAGCGGAAGAAAGCUGGUGGAGGGGGCGGUGUAACGGACGAGGAGAUCAAAACUGCCGAAGAAAAAUUUGAAGAAUCCAAAUCUUUGGCUGAAACGGCUAUGUACAGUCUUCUUGAUAACGAAAUUGAACAGAUCUCGCAACUCGUUGCCCUUGUGGAAGCCCAAGUCGAAUAUCACAAGCAGAACGCAACUAUAUUAGAAGGCCUCUUGAAUCAGCUAUAUAGCAAACGAGAUGAAGCAUCUCAAAAAGCUCGGGAGCCUCAUAAACCCAAGCCGGCUGCGAGAACUAUGCGAAAUACGGAUUCACCGACGCCAUUUGAUGAGAACGGACGUGAUAGUCCAGAGGAUAGCUUUUUGGACGUUAAUGCAUGGGGUGGAGGAGUUACAGCAAGUCCAGCACGCUCACCUUCGCCGCUUCCGUCGCCCACAGUGGGCCAUCCGGUGCGGCAGCAGAUGACCGCUGAUACUCAGAUAACAUUCGGUUCAUCCCUUGUGCCUCCACCCAAACAGCCAGCCGGUGCGGCUUCUUCAUCGCCAUCAGCACCGGUACAGACUCCAGGGCAGGCGCCUGUAGCGCCUCUGUAUCCAUCAUACGACAACUUCCCAACUCCCACCGACAGCAAUUUUCGGCCGGUUACGGCACCCACUGCCGGCUCGACACAGCAGUCCAAGCCGUGCUGUCGGGCGCUGUUCGAUUUUGAACCUGAAAACGAGGGAGAGCUGGGCUUUGCAGAGGGCGAUGUGAUUACGCUGGUUGAACGUGUGGACGAGAAUUGGUUUGAGGGAGCACUCAAGGACAAAUCAGGAGUGUUUCCAGUUACAUAUGUCGAAGUGCUUGUAGAUCUUCCCAAAAAAUGAAAGACAUUGUUUUAUGGAUAAUUUAUUCGCUAAUGAUACUGUUCAUGAUUCUCGAUAGUGAGACCGAGUAGCUCCGGUGACCUGUUUAACGCAAGCUGCAUAGAUAAACGUAGCGUAGUGUUGUAAUGUUUUCUCUUGCAGGUAUUAUGUUUUGCUGUUGCAAGGUCAUUUUUCGUACUUUUGAUGUUGUCUCUGUUAGUCACUUUUUUGAUUUGUUGAUUUUUUGCCACUUUAUUUCCUAUUUUGCUUUGACGAACUUAUAUUUUUUUCAUGCUUUCAAAAAGAUUUGUCAACAGUAACUAGAUUACGAACCAGCAGCAGUCCUGAAAAUGAGGCUUAAAAUUACAACUAUUCGGGAUAGAA